GUCAAAAAGGAGAACAGUUUAAAAUCAAAUUGUUUGUUUUGAAACAAAAUCAUCAGUGUGCAGCAGAGAACUGAAAAUUGAAUAAAAGAAAUCCUCAAUAAGGGAACAAGUGGAUGUUAUCGCAAAUAGACAAACGUGUUUUAUAGUUUAAUUUCCUCACUAUUUUGUUUUGUCAAAAUGAAAUAACAGUCAUGAAUAUACGAUAUUUUUAUAUAUUAUGACUAUGCGUACGUAACUGGGAAUUCCCAAAUUGUUUAGGCUUCCUGGAAGUAAUUACACAACGCUGCAUACUCAACAGUUCAAAAAAUUCAGCAUUUCCGUCGAUAAAAUUGGUUAAUUUCACGUGCAGUUAAAAACAUUAAAAAACAGUAUUCAUUCAAUUUGUCCAAGGUUGAAGUUCAUAUCUAUUCUAUGUUUUCAUGAUCCGAUUUCAGAGUCAUUAAAUGAACUUUUCUAUAAGGUCAGCAAUAAUAAUGGGUGUAUGAAGGAACAAACUGAAAUUAUACAAUUUGUGGCAAAAUGUUUUUGAUCGUCCGUUAAAUGAAGAUGAAAAGAAAUGGAUUUGGAGCAAUGUCGACGUCUGAAAGACGUACAUCCAGAUUCAAAUAUAAUUGAACUGAAAUUUGCUAUAACAUCAAAGGUCUGCAGAUCACUUGAUGGAAAUCCAGAGACAUGCAACUGGAAAGAGUUUUUAGUAAAAGCUUCAGAAUUUAGACCAAUUUAUAAUAUAAGUACUUUAGAUGUUAAUCAUUUCGCAAGGAGCAAUAGUCCUAGUGAAACAAUGCUAUGGAGAUUGGGCUCUUAUGGAAUGGUUGCUUUUGAACUAGUUCAUUUACUUGACCAGUUACGGCUAGAAAGUUUACUGAUGGACAUCAAAGAAUAUGAACCUAUUGUCAUAAUUAAGCAACCACCAUCGCAUAAAAGCAUUAAUGAAGGAACAGCAUUACAUCUACACACAGAAGGGAAAGGAUUUCCUUAUCCAAGAUAUCAGUGGUUUAAAUCUAUCAGCGGUAAAUGGGAGAAACUACGAGCUGAAACCAAUCAUAUUUUCAAAAUAGUUAAUGCAAGACAACCAGAUGCUGGCAUAUACUGUUGUAGGCUUCAUAAUGGCAAUCAUCGGCAUCAAGUUAUUUUCUCAUCUCGAACUUCGGUAUCGGUGAUACCACCUAUGCAAGAAGAAAGGGAUGUUAUUUUGUAUGAUGUUCGUUCAUUUCGCGACGGAGAGGAAAACACAGAAAGCACAGACACAUCUGCAAAGAAAGCUAUGCCUGAAAGUCCAAGAUUUGAAGCAAGAACAAAGGUAGCACUUCUCAUUGGUAAUGCCGACUACCUAGCAGACAAGCCAUUGUUUGAUGUACCACUGGCAGACGUAAGGUUAAUGAAGUCAACAUUUGAAGAUCUUGGCUUCCAGGUAUUUUCUUAUUUAGAUUUAACCAAGACGGAAAUGAAAUCAACAAUAGAUUGGUUCAUUGAUGUUGUAAAAAAAAUGGGAAAAGAUGUGUAUGUAGUAUUUUGCUUUUUUGGUCAUGGUUUUGAAGAAUCAAGGAAAUGCUAUCUGGUGCCAACAGACGCUGCUCAUGGAUAUACAACUAGUGACUGCAUCUGUGCUGAUGACGUUUUGUAUAAAUUUCAACGACAUAUUGAUCCAGCUCUAUUGGUUAUGGCUUUAGACACAUGCAGAAUACGAAAUUCUAAUGAAAAAUCAAUUAGGCAGUUUGCUAAAUCUCAGGCCUUUGAUAGUCUAAAUGAACCAGCAACAAAUGGAAACACAGUUGUCCUAUAUUCUACGAGUAGAGGAAUGUCUGCAUAUCAGAACAAUCAGAAUGGAUUUUUGGCAAAAUUCUUUAAUCAGAGAAUAAAACAGAAAACCGAUGUAACUAGUGUAAUGCAAAAUGUGUUGGAAGAUAUGGGAAAGGAAAUGAAAAAAUACAAAGAAAAUCAGACACCACAGUUCACGUCAUCACUUAACGAGCCAAGAUCUUUUUAUGACAUAAUUCGUCCUUGUAGUGAAAUAACAAAAGCAUAUGACAACAUAAAUGCUGUUUUCUCACCUCCUCCUUCAAGAGAAGUAUUUGUACCUGGUGCUAAUAUCAAGUUGUAUAUAGAAUGCCAGGCAGACACCCUUAACAUGAUGACAGUUUAUAUCAACACUAGAACAUUAAAAGAGUGUGACACUAUUGCAUUAGAUGACAUUGAUAUUUUUGUGGAAACCUUUUCACCAAAUUUUAAAAUACACAGCAUAGAUAUGGUCAGUGGAAGAGGAAAGUUUGAGAUAAAAAAUAUUCAAAAACUUAGGGAUGAUUUGUUGUUGAAGAUCAAUGUCAGGAAUAAAAAAACUAACGAUUUAAUAGGGGAUGUUGAUAUCAACCUGAUGAAACCACUUAUAUCGACACUAGACCUAUGGAGAAAUAAAUAAGGAGGAUUAAUUGUACAAAAACGACCUAAAUCAAGAAAUUGAUUUCGUGGCUUCAAGAUGAUUUAUUAUUUUGCUCUUAACCUAUCGUUUAUAUUUUGAUAUUCAAGAUUUCAUUCUCGUUUUUCAUCGACUCCUUACUACUUUGAAUUCAAUUAUGACAUCGAAAAUCUUAGUUGUUUCCUGGUUUAAGUGCUGUAAAAAGAAAAUACACCAAGUCGAAAGAACAAACAUUUUAGAUGAACAGACAAACUGUCGAAGUCAGAUUACCUUCAAAAGCAUUAUACUACUAGAUCUCUGUGCAUUAGUGUAAUUUGUAAUUUAUUUGUAUUUAUAUAUGGUAAAGUCGUUUUUGUUGCUGCAUUUGUACGGAUUAUGCAUCGGUGAAUACUUAAUUAUUGACAGUAUUAAACUUUUGUAUUUACUUCUACAGUGAUCAGCUGUAAUGUCAUACUAUGAUAAAUCAAAUAAGAUAUGAACUAUAUAUAUUAAAUUAUAUGAUAAUACUUUAUCAUGGCCAUGGUAA